AAAAAAAAAAAAUGCUAGUAAUGUGAAAAUGGGAAGUUGCCCAAGUAAUGUUUUGAAUUGCAGGGAAACAAAAGAGUAGUUUCCUUCCUCUUCUUCCUCUGCUACUCUUCUUUUUUAUCCAAAUUUCCGAACCCUAAAUUGUUUUUUAAUUAACUGGGAACGAAAAGGCGGAAAUUCGUAACAAGACCAUCAACGUUAACACAAACAACCAAAAACCCUAACAAAGCUCCAGCCAUUCCUUCAUGGGCAAAAGACGAGGACGCAAACCCAAAAACCCCACCCCCACCACCGCUACCACCACCAACAUCGCUCAUUCCCUAGAUCCCACCACGGCAAAUACCACCGAUGACGACGUUUUCUCCGUCAACAACGUUGAAAUCAUCAAUCCUACUACCCCUAUCCCCACCAGCAACAAUCACCACCACCAUGUUAGCCAGCGCCGCCGCGGUCGUCCUAAGAAGCGCCCCAAACACUCCCUGGAAAAGCCCGAGAAGCCCCCGCCACCAGUGAUCAAUGGAGAGGCGGGGCCCGGUCUGCCUGUGGAGAGUGUGGCGAGGGUAGUGCCCGCGAUGGAUGCUGUGGUGAAAGUGUUCUGCGUGCACACGGAGCCAAAUUUCUCACUUCCGUGGCAGAGAAAGAGGCAGUAUAGUUCGAGUAGUAGUGGUUUUGUAAUUGGAGGCAGGAGGGUUUUGACUAAUGCUCAUUCCGUGGAGCACUAUACCCAGGUUAAGCUCAAGAAACGAGGCUCUGAUACCAAGUAUUUGGCUACGGUGCUCGCUAUUGGGACUGAGUGCGAUAUUGCUCUGCUGACAGUCAAUGAUGAUGAGUUCUGGAAAGGAGUCUCACCUGUUGAAUUUGGACAAUUGCCUGCACUUCAAGAUGCCGUGACCGUUGUGGGUUACCCAAUUGGAGGAGACACAAUUUCUGUGACAAGUGGUGUUGUGUCACGAAUAGAGAUCCUGUCUUAUGUUCAUGGGUCCACUGAGCUUUUGGGUUUGCAGAUAGAUGCUGCUAUAAACUCGGGAAAUUCUGGUGGGCCUGCCUUUAAUGACAAAGGACAAUGUGUGGGCAUUGCAUUUCAGUCUCUUAAACAUGAAGACGUUGAAAAUAUAGGGUAUGUCAUACCAACACCAGUCAUCACCCAUUUUAUCCAAGAUUAUGAGAAGAAAGGAGCAUAUACAGGAUUCCCAUUUCUUGGGAUUGAAUGGCAGAAAAUGGAAAAUCCAGAUUUGCGGAUGGCUAUGGGUAUGAAGCCUGAUCAGAAGGGUGUUCGUAUCAGAAGAAUUGACCCCACUGCUCCAGAAUCUGAAGUUUUGAAGCCAUCAGACAUUAUUCUCAGUUUUGAUGGGGUAGAUAUUGCCAAUGAUGGGACAGUUCCCUUUCGGCAUGGAGAGCGCAUAGGUUUCAGCUACCUUGUCUCCCAAAAAUAUACUGGGGAUAAUGCAGCAAUUAAGGUUCUCCGCAACUCUGAGAUUCUAAACUUUGACAUCAAACUUUCACCUCAUCGAAGGCUCAUUCCACCACAUGUCAAAGGCAGACCUCCUUCAUAUUAUAUCAUUGCAGGAUUUGUGUUCUCAACGGUUUCUGUUCCUUAUCUCCGUUCUGAGUAUGGCAAGGAUUAUGAAUAUGAAGCACCUGUGAAGCUUUUGGACAAACUUUUGCAUUCAAUGCCACAAUCUCCUGAAGAGCAACUUGUUGUGGUGUCUCAGGUGCUUGUGGCUGAUAUUAACAUCGGUUAUGAGGACAUUGUUAACACUCAGGUUCUUGCUUUCAAUGGCAAGCCUGUGAAGAAUCUGAAGAGCUUGGCCAACAUGGUAGAGAGCUGUGAUGAUGAAUUUUUGAAAUUUGAAUUGGAAUAUGAGCAGAUAGUGGCUCUCCAGACAAAGACUGCCAAGGCGGCUACUGUAGAUAUUCUUACUACGCAUUGCAUACCUUCAGCAAUGUCAGAUGAUCUUAGGCCUUUAAUUGUGUCCUAGUAUAGGUACAUUGCUAUGAUCUUGUAGCCUUGUUACCACCACAUAUUCUGCCAUGAACAUUAGGAGGAAGAAAAUUUUGUAGAUUCCUUGAGGGUGGACGGUGGACUUUGGAGGUUUAUGUAUCAUUUGUAAUAUCUGAUGCACCUUCCCUAGAUGGUGUUAGGUGUUGACCAUUUUCUUUGAGAAGUGUGGCGGAGUUCAUUGGGAUCUCAAUAGCGAGGGAAAGCUCUCCAGGAACAUUAGUAAUGGUGAUUCUUUUCCUCCAGUUUUCACAGAGAAACUUUUGAGAACUGGGUUGGCAUUUGGUCAUUUGUAGCUUUUUCAUUGAAUAGAAAAUUAAUACAACCUCGUUAAUACCGAA